GUGAAUUUGUGAGUAACUUUCUGGGUAUAGACCAAGUGAUGAGCAUAGAUUCAGCGGAUAAUCAUGGGUUUGAAGUAAGAGAAGGUGUCUUCGGAGUGGCUAGUUCAGUGGAGGGUUUGGAAGAAGAGAUAUAUAAACUUAAUAAGGUAGACAUGUUGGUUUUGAAUCUUGUUGAUAGCCAUAUUCUCACAAACAAAGAUGAUCCCGAUUUUCAAAAAAUCAAAAACUUAGCAAGCUCAGUUUAUAGACAUACAGAGAAGAAAAUAGAGAGUAUUUAUAAAACUUUGAGCCAGAAAUCAAAGGGAAACCAUCUUUUAUAUCAAUUUAUUACGUUUAUUCUGCUAAUCGAAGGACCAAAUGAUGUCACUAAUCAGCUCUCAAAUUCUAAAGAGUUUUGGCCAAAAGACAUUGAGAGAGAUGAGGUUGACAUUCGUGACCUUAAAAAGAAGCUAUUCAAUGAUUUAAAAAUUGGCAAUGAUGCUUUAGAGUACUGCCUCCUUGUUAAAAGUGAGAUCUGCUUGAGAUACAUUAUCAAAAUGGCUAAAGCCAUCUUUUUAAAUCUCACAAUGAGACAUGAAACUCUUUCAUCUCUUUGUGAAGAGAUUUCAAACUCAGGAGUUGCAAGAAUUUUGAGUUUUGCUUGCUCUUCGUCAAUCUAUCUUUUUGUAAACACUGAUGAUCCCAGUUCUCCAAGCAAUUUAAAACCUUCAAGCUUAAAUAUUUCAAUGAGUAAAGCACAGAGCUUCAGAGCAUCAUUUUUCAAUCGUAAAAUGACAACCAAUCCCAACAUGAUAAAAGAAAAUUCUAAAGAGGCUAAGGUUAAAAAUAGUGGCCUCUCAAUGGUGAAAGAAGCCUCUGACACGUCUUCCUUCCCCAAUUUAGCCAAAUUCAACACACUUAAAAGUAUAAUCCAGGGUAGUUCUUCGAUGAAGCUAAAGAAGUUUGAUCCGAUGAAUAAGACUUUAAACUUUUAUAAGAUUUUGGAGGCCAGAGAUAUCAUGCAGGAAGUCCUCUUGCAAGACACACUUGAUGAUGACACUGUUUUUGCAAUUAUAGAAAUUCUUUAUGGGCAACUUCAUUUGAGAAGUGGCGCCACUCAGAGUUUAGUAAAACUCAUUAUUUCCUACGAAAGAGUUGAGCUGUUUGAUAUCUUAGUCAGCAAUAUUUCAGACAUUAUUGAAAGUGGAGAAUAUGAGAAUUAUGAAGAAGAUGACUUUGGGAAUUACAAAAAUGACCAAAGUGCAGAGAAUGUUAAUAGUAAUGUUGAUACAGAUCUUUAUGACUAUGAUUUAUUAGUUUCUGAUGCAUUCUCAUACUCCAUAUCAAUAAAUAAGCUUCAUAUUACUUUCUACCUGUUUAAACAGUACAAGAAGAGUGUAUUUGGAAACAGUGAUCAAUGUAUUAGGUCUAUAAUAGAUUCUGUACAUUCAGAAGCUUUGACACAAAAUAAAGCUUCCUCUCUUGAUGAGAGAUUAUUCAUUAUCACAAAAUUGAUGAAGAAGAUGGAUCAUAAACUAGCCUAUGAGUUCUUAGAUCUGAUGGAUGAGAUAAUUUUGUAUCCUGCUGAUAAGAAUCUCUUUGUAUACAUGCCAAAUACUUUGAAGACGAUAUGUAAGAUCAUUUAUAUUAUCUCUUCUCUUGUAAAGUUACAUCCAAGUCUUAGUUUUAAGGGAAAUAAAAUCAGGACAACUCUUACAAAUAUUGGCAAUCAUAUUUUGCAUAAAAAUACAGACCUUACUGAAGUAGAGGAUAUUCUCUACGAUGAGAUGUACUCUGGAACAAAAGUUAUUGAUCUUAUUGCUAUUGUUCAAAUCCAGGAGUUUCUCAAUAAUCCUCUUCUUGAUAGUGUUAUCAGUAAUAUUUACUUAGGAUCAUACCAGAGAAAUUUCUUCUUAAAGAGGUCUCUUUGCUAUCACAUCAUAGAGAGAGAAUUCAACUUCGACCCUGAUGAUUCCUCUAACUUGGAUAAUACCACUCUAUCCUUAGUGAGACCUAAGAAUUUUAAGAUUAGAGGAAAGAAAAAGAAAUCUAAUUGAUGAACCAUUGCGUUUAGGAGGUUAUGCCAGGGAUAUACAACAGGAAGCAUGAAAAGAGGGAAAAGGUUUAUCGUAGGGCACCAAUUCAUGUUUAAAAUAUGGGCCCAAUCUCCUGAUACUCAACACUUGUUAGAAACACUAUUUAUUCUGAUAAUAGGGCUCUUUAUGGUGUAUUAUGCAAACAUUCUAGUUGAUUCUGAGGAUGAUGCAGCAGUUCAAAAUCAGCUGAUUACAGAUAUAAACAAUGGAAACUCUUCAGAGAACUUAGAAACAGCGAAUGCUCAGCUUGAAUCUAUUGCUGAUGCUUAUUAUGAUGAAGUACUUGCUCUAAUGGUUAUUAAUACAAUAUGUAUCUGCUACAGUAUAAAAGAUAUCCAGGAAUUCCUCUAUUGCAAUGUUCGAAAUGUCGUAGUCAAGCAGUUCACAUUAAGGUUUAUCAUCAACAUUCUAACCACGAUUAUGGUCUUAUAUUGGCAUUAUAGGUUUUGGAUAGAUUUUUCUUCAGGAGUGGCAGCAUCUAACGAUGCCCAAAGAAAGAACAUAAUUCUUCAGAAUAUGAGAAAUGAUGGUUUUUUCAACAUUCAUUACUUUGCAUCAUUACUAACUGCACUGCAAUUCUUUAGGCUCCUCAUAGCCUUUAGGUUGAACAGAUUAUUUGGCCCAAUGGCAAAAACAAUUGGAUCUAUGCUUUUCAACAUUAUACAAUUUUUAUGCAUAUUCUUCUCUGUGUUUAUUGCUUUUAUGGCUGCCGGGACCUUACUAUUUUCUGAAUUAGCAAGCUAUGCUACUUUUAUGGAUGCUUUCAAUACUUUGUUCGCAGCUAGUUUUGCUAAUUAUGAUCCAACUAUUUAUGCUUCUUCAACGAAUAUCUCCCCAAAUGUUGGAUAUCUCUAUAUUGCUAUAUAUUUGAUAGUUAGUGCAGUCCUACUUCUGAACUUCUUGAUUGCUAUUCUAUCUUCCACUUAUACAUUCCUUGAAGAGAAGAGAGAUGGGUUAUAUAUUGAGGAAGUAAUUUUACACAUGCAAAGGUAUGGGUAUCAUCCUCUUUACUCAUCAAUUGUGUCUGUGACAACUCCUUUUAAUGCUUUCUUCUUGCCACUGACUCCUUUACUACUCUCUGCUAGAAGCAGGUAUCUGAAUUCUGCUUUACAACAUAUCCAAUAUAUUCCUAUCGCUAUAGUUGUGACGAUUUUAUUCUUUUGAGUUUCUUUGAUUCUUAUUCCAUUGAGUUUUCUUGUGCAAUUAUUCAUAAAAUUCAGAAGAUCUCUACUAUACUCUAAAGGGGACUGCUCUAGAGGUCAUUAUUGGUAUAUCAUCGAUUACCUUUUAUUCGUAUUGCUUGGCAUUCCAAUGCUCAUAUUCUCUGUUGCGAUAGACACCUUUAACUUCGCAUAUGAGCUAUAUUAUCCUCAUAUAAAGCUGAUUAAUGAAUCUGAGGAGUACCUAAAUAAGGCUACCAAUUUAAUUAUGGAUGGAAGUUCUAGAGCCAAGGAAAUAGAAGAGAAAACUAAGGAUAUCAGUUUGACUGAAAUUUCAAAAAGGUUUUACCAAAAAGCAUCAAGAUUCAACAGUAAGUCAAAUCCAAUGAAGAGCGGGCUUUCUCUGACCACAAUGGGGAUCUUGAAAAUCACCUUGAUUCAUAUACUCGAGUCUCACUUAAAACUGAUCAAUGAAGCUGAGAUUUCUGGAAAAUCUAAGUUCUUCGUUCCUGUUAGAUACAUUGUAGCCAGGAUGAGAAUAAAUCUGAUGGUUCAAGAGCAUCUCAAUACAAUUUUAUAUGGAAUCACUUAUGAAAAGAGGGAUGAUUUUCUUAAAAGUAAAGACUUCCAGAUCCUCCUUGAUGGAGAAGAAGACGCUCUUUAUGAUAGAUGUACAUCAGUUGAUGACGAGCACAAAGACAACUUCCCUUCUAGAGAGAUUUGGAGAAUGAAAUUAGAGGAUUUCUUACUCAGAAGUCAAGAGCAAUGGAUUCUAGAUCAGUUUAACCUUGUUAAAUACUUUCUUCUUAGAAAUUCAUGGAAUGCUGAAGAUGAGCUUGAAUCCGACAUGCAAGAUCCAGAUCACCCAGUUUAUAAAUUCUAUAACGCUUCAGUGAAGAGAGUUGAUAGAAUAAAAUCAGCAUGGUCGGUCAAUUUUGUACCUCAAAAGAAAAUGGAUAAGGAUUCCCCUCAAACCCAAAGUCAAAGAUGGAUGAAGAAAAAUGGAGAAUCAUACAGUGAAGAAUCUUCUGGUGAGAAUGAGGGAACUUAUAGCUCAGAAGAAGUUGAAGAGAUAAAGAGUAAUAAUUCCCCUCCAGAUGUGAAAAAGGAUUAUUCAUACAGAAAAAUUAAGAAAAUUGACAUUUCAGCAUUAAUUCAGACAAUAGAAGAAAUUGAGAACAGACUUAAAAUGUCUUCGAUUCUCAGAAAUAAUUCAUUCAUGAGAGGUAUUAGCCAACAAGAGAUUGAUGGGAUCUAUGAAGGUUUCUUAAUCAGACAAUUUUCUGUUUUGAAUUUCACCAGAAAUUACCAAUCGAUUAAAGCCCAGCAAAAUGAUGAGCAGUUCUAACUAAUUCAACCAGCCCUGCUCAC